CACAAAAAAACUGUAAAGAAAAAAACAGCAAUUAUUAAUUUACUUGGCUUGUAAUGAAUGAGACGAAAUGCAAGAACAAGACAAAACAAAAGGAAAGAACGACAACUUUUUUUGAGUGAUACUGGUAGUAUAGAGGAUGAGUCCGAUGGGAAGAUGUAGGAUAGGACAGCCAAAUCAAAGAAAUUUUCAAGAGGAGCAUAUUAUAAUCGAGAAAUGUUUUUCUGAAUGAGUCAAUCAGGUCACUUUUUUUGCUUCUUUUUCUCUUUGAGGGGAUUUUUUUUGAACAUUUAGGGUUAGAAUGAUUUUUUGGUUUGAAACGAGAAACAGGGGCGAGAAACCUUCAAGGUCUACCACUAAGCCAACUCAACCUACAAGUCGCCGGGAAACUAAAUAAUUAAUAACUGAAUGAUAUAAGAAGUUACAUAAAUGAACGACAAAAACAAAGAAUCAGAAAAAUCCCGGUUGUUGUACAGGGAAAAGUUGAAAGGAACUAGGAGGCAAUGAGGAGCUCAAAACGGAAGCCACGAGAGAAUCGAUUAAUGGAACUAGGAGAAGGAAUCAAGACGGGUAUUGAAGCAGACAUUGAGUAUGAGGCUGAGGUGAAGCAGACGAUUAUCGAAGAAUCUCCAAUCCGACCUGGGUUACUGAAGGUUGAUGGGUCGAGUUAGGAAACGGUUGCAUUCUCUGUGACAAGAGAUUAUUGAUAGAAUUUUCAAAGGGCAGUC